UUAAUCCCUUCAACGGUAGUUAAUAGUAAUACUCUAUCUAUAUUACUGUUUUAGUUAAGAGGUGUUUAAAGUCAAGUAACAAAUCUCCUUGUGUUUAAUUUCUUAGUCGUUGAGAGACAAUUCUAACCGAGAUUAAUUUUCAGUUCUUCACUUUUAUGCCACAAUUGCUUUAGUAGGAGUUUUUUGUAAUAUCUAUCAGUCAUUCAUGGUACUUCUACAUUUUAUAAGUAAACUGAAUGUCAAUGCUUCGUUUCACUGCAUAACAGCAGUUCGUAAAAUAUGAAUAUUGAAUGUAUUAAUCGAAUGAAGAAUGUGAAAUAAAUAAAAUGAUAACAACACACAAGUGAAUUCAUUGUGUUUAUUUAUUUAAAUACAAACAUUGGUAUAAGAAGGCAUCCAAUAGAUAUGCGCCACAUAAAUCAUUCGAUUUGCAUGAGGGCUGGGAUAUUGCAUGUGGUUUUCUUUGGAGGUCACUCUACGAGCCUUUAACCUAAAGGUUUAAUCCAAAAGGCAGUGGAGCAACGUCAAGAGAUGCAGCCCCAUGGUAGCCAGUUCAUAUGUCAUUUGUCCCAUCAGGAUCCUGGAGCCUAUGUGCAUCAUUUGUUUGUAAUCAUGGUUUCUCAACUCUCAUAGGUGGAUCCUCCAUAUCCACUGACCUCGGUCAAAUUGCCGGACAUUCGUUUUUCAUCUUUUCAAUUUCGUAAACAACACUCCACUGGCGAAGAGUCAGUGAGUAGAACUUACCUGGUAGUGGUUGUAUGCACGUGGCCAUCUGACAGCAUUUCGAGACACACACACACACACACAGAGCUGACUCUCCCCACUCUCGGCCAUACCAUGACAUUUGGAGACAAUUUAUUGUGUUAUUAAUCACACAUUUUGAAGUUCAUUAAUAUUCUCUUCAAUAGUUUUCAUAUUUAAUCUUUCAACUUGUGACUCAAAUAUUCUCUUUUAAUACUCUAUUCUAAUUGAACUGAUAAUUUUAAAUGAAAAUUUUAAUUUAUAGAUGAUUUGGUACAAUCCUAUGAAUAUAUCUCAUAAGUUUUCAAAACUAUUUAAAACACUUGGAAACUUAUCCUAUCGUCAAGUUAACACAUUAUCAGAUGAUAUAAAUCAGGUAGUUCUGUUUGGUAAAGUGAGUUUUUUACAUUUUGGUGAAAGCGUUAAUGGUAAAAAUGCCUAUGCAUCUAUUGGAUUAGUAACGAGAAAUAAUUAUAUGACUGAUAAUGGAUAUUCAUCUACCUUAGCUUUUCAUACUGUAUUUGUCUUUAAUCAAUCAUUUGUGGAUAAAGUGAAACAUUUAACUAAAGGUGAUCGAUUAUGUAUUAUUGGUCGAUUGAAUUCUUAUUCUAAUCCUAAUGGUUAUUGGCGUUCUAGUGUUACAGCUGAAAUAGUAAGUCCAGUUAUUGGAUUAUCAACCAUUAAUACCAAUGAUCAUGUUAUACAAUCUGAAAAUGUUGAAGAAGAUGAACAGAUUUUAACAGAUGAAAUGAAUGAUAACUAUGAUAUUGAGAAAUAA